AUGGUACUCGACAGAUUACAGCAACUGACCCAUCAGGUCAGCGCCACGGCGCCUGCCCCUCACCCACUUGAUCCUUUGUCUACAUCGGAGAUUGAUGCCGCUGUUGAUAUAAUCCGCAAGGAAUAUGGCUCCCUCAACUUCAAUGCCGUCACAUUGUACGAGCCCCGCAAAGCUCAAAUGAUGGCUUGGGUUGCGGAUCCCGAGAAGGCUCCCCGUCCUACCCGGGCUGCCGACGUUGUCGCCAUUGCACCUGGCGGCAAUGUUUAUGAUGGCCUUGUUGAUCUGGACCAGAAGAAGAUCAUUCAAUGGCAGCAUACGCCCAAUGUCCAGCCUCUGAUCACAAUGGAGGAUCUGCAGGAGGUUGAACACGUUGUACGCAAGGAUCCCAAGGUGAUUGAGCAGUGUGGAAUCAUUGGAAUUCCUAAGGAGGAUAUGCACAAAGUGUACUGUGACCCCUGGACUAUUGGGUAUGAUGAACGCUUCGGAACUGGUGUCCGACUGCAACAAGCUCUUAUGUACUACCGUCCUCAUCCAGAUGACUCCCAGUAUACCUACCCCUUGGACUUCUGUCCAAUCUACAACGCGGAGACCAAACAGAUCAUUCACAUCGAUGUGCCACCGGUACGGAGGCCCCUCAGCAAGGCACCACCAAACAACUACCACCCAGCUGCUAUCGAGAAGGAAGGCGGGUACCGAACUGACAUCAAGCCAAUCCACAUCACUCAGCCCGACGGCGUGUCGUUCCAGGUUAAGGGACGGACAAUUGAGUGGCAGAAUUGGAGCAUCCACGUCGGUUUCAACUACCGAGAAGGCAUUGUCCUGAAUAACAUCACAUUUAACGACAAGGGCAAUGUCCGACCCGUCUUCUGGCGUCUGUCCUUGGCAGAGAUGGUCGUACCAUACGGCAACCCCGAUCACCCCCACCAGCGUAAACACGCCUUCGACCUGGGUGAAUACGGUGGCGGAUACAUGACCAACAGCCUUUCCCUCGGAUGCGACUGCAAGGGCGCAAUCCACUACAUGGACGCGGCAUUUGUUAACCGCGCCGGUGCUAGCACGAUCAUCAAGAACGCCAUCUGCAUCCACGAAGAAGACGCCGGCAUUCUAUACAAGCAUACCGAUUUCCGGGACGAGUCUAUGAUUGUCACCCGUGGCCGCAAGUUGAUCAUCUCGCACAUCUUCACCGCGGCCAACUACGAGUACUGCGUGUACUGGAUCUUCCACCAGGACGGCACCGUCCAGCUCGAGGUCAAGCUGACUGGUAUCCUCAACACCUACGCCAUAAACCCCGGUGAAGACACCCACGGCUGGGGAACUGAGGUCUACCCUGGCGUAAAUGCUCAUAAUCACCAGCACUUAUUCUGUCUCCGUGUCGACCCGAACAUUGACGGACCAGACAACACCGUCUUCCAGGUAGAUGCUGUUCGCGGAGAGGGUGAAGUAGGCAGCGCUGAGAACAAAUACGGCAAUGCCUUCUAUGCCAAAAAGACAAAGUAUAACACCCCGCGCGAGUCAAUGUCCGAUUAUAACGGGUUCACCGGUCGUACCUGGGAAAUGGCCAACACCAACAAACUCAAUCCCCACAGCAAGAAGCCGGUGUGCUAUAAAUUGGUGAGCAGAGAGGUGCCUCCCUUGUUGCCCAAGGAGGGCGGACUUGUCUGGAAGCGAGCUGGUUUCGCGCGCCAUGCGGUCCACGUUACUAAAUACGACGAUGAACAAAUCCACCCAGCUGGUCGCCACGUGCCCCAAACCUCCGGCGAACCGUCGGAAGGUCUGCCAGCUUGGAUUGAAGCCGCCGGCCCUAACUGCUCUAUCGAUAACACGGAUGUCGUUCUCUGGCAUACUUUCGGUCUGACCCAUUUCCCCUCCCCGGAGGACUACCCUAUCAUGCCUGCUGAGCCUAUGACUCUGCUUCUUCGACCGCGUAACUUCUUCGACCGUAACCCUGUCCUCGAUGUGCCGCCUAGCUUUGCUCGUACCCCUACACAAGUGGCUGCUGGCACGAGCUCAUGUGGGUGCAAGAAGAGUGAUGGGUCUAGCGUGUUGGUUUGA